AUGGAAGGUGGAAAACCAACUAUUAUCACCAACGCCGAGGGUCAGAGAACCAUGCCGUCUGCGGUGGCGUAUACCAAGAACGGUGAUAGGUUGGUCGGUCAAAUUGCAACGAGGGAAGCGGUUGUGAAUCAUGAGAACAAGUUUUUCUCCGCCAAGAGAUUUAUCGUAAGGAAGAUGUCUGAGGUUGACGACAAGUCAAAGAAGGUCUCUUAUAGAGCCACCAGAGAUGAUAACGGUCUUGAGAAUGGUGCUUUGGAGUUUUUGAAUGAUAAAAUAACUAAGGUUGUGGUUAUUGUGCCUGCGUACUUCAAUGGUUUACAAAGGACGCAUGAACCUGCUUCUUCUAUGUCUCUUGUUGUUUUUACUCAUGUUGAAUCCAAUACUAAUUGUAUUGGACCUACCAUUGUUGACAAAUUAGCUUAUGAAGUCAGUGGCAAAAAUACGAAUUUUGGAACACCUACAAAUCCUGUUGUUCUUAAUCGUGUACGGGGUGACUCCUCUAGUGGUACUACAGUAGCUGUUGCUGCUAAUUUUGUUGAUUUCUCUCUGAGCAUUGAUACUUCUGGAGACCAUCUGUUUGAUCAAAUGCGAGAACGAGCUGCUGCCAGAUUCUUCGCCGCAGAGGUGUUGCGCAUCAUCUCCAUGACCUACGAUCCAGGACCACUUGCGACUAAGGAAAUUGAGUUUACGAAUAGCCCACGCAAGUCAGAAAAAAUUGUUCCUAAUAGCACAUUGAAUCAAGACAGCAGAAAUAUGAUACUAUUAUUUUUUCAAUUGGACCUGCAUCAAUGUUCUGCACCCAAACCACCUUCAGUGUCACCUCAAACAACUGAAGAGAUUGAAGCUAGAAUUCAUAAGCCAAAGUUUCAAACUGAACCUACUCUACCAAUAUAUCUAAAGUUCACUAAUGUCACAUACAAGGUAGUGCUCAACGGCAUGACAAAAGGUGUUGCCAAAGAUAUAUUGAAAGGGAUCACUGGUUGUGUAAAUCCAAGUGAAGUUUUAGAAUUGAUGGGUCCCUCAGGCAGUGGAAAAACUUCUUUGUUAAAUCUAAUUGGAGCUAGGUUACAUCAACCAACAAUGGGUGGAUCUAUUACUUACAAUUAUCAGCCAUAUUCCAAGUUCCUAACAAGCAGGAUUGAAUUUGUGAGACAAGAUGAUGUUUUGUUUCCUUACUUAACUGUCAAGGAAGACGGCGACGGAAACUGA